AUGAUAGAUUUUCAGGAAGUUACACAUGAAUUGGAUCUUCAAGACCAUCCUUUUAUAGGUCCGUUAUUCACUUGGAGCAACAAACAAACAAAUACUUUUCUUGCAAGGAAGCUCGACAGGGUCCUCGUAAAUCCCACUUGGAUUAAUGUAUUUCAAAAAUCUUUUGUUGAAUUCCUAGCUCCGGGAGUUUCAGAUCAUUGUAUGGCUUUCACCUGGCUCGAUAAAGAAAUUCCCACAAACCGCCCAAAACCUUUUAAGUUCUUCAAUUUCUGGACUCUUCAUCCAAACUUUCUGAGAGAAUUUAACCAAUCCUGGCAGACCGAAUUCCAUGGUAACCCCAUGAGGAUCCUUUUCCUAAAACUCAAGCAUCUCAAGUUAAGUCUCAAAAUCCUAAACAAGUCCUCUUAUAGUGAUAUCUCCUCUCGGGUUAAGCAAAAGAGAAUUGAUCUUGAACAGCAACAACUGGUCUCUUUAAAAGGAGAGGAUUCUAUUGAUAUAGAAUUGCAAAUCCAACAAGACUUACUAGCCCUUGAAGAAACUGAGCUACUUUUUCUAAAACAAAAAGCCAAAUUGAAUUGGAUCAAGGAAGGUGACAAGAGUUCAAAGUUCUUUCAUUCUGCUGUAGCUGUCAAAAACAAAAAAGACACAAUCAGAAUGCUUAUUGAUGAUCAAGGUUCGAGACUAGAAUCUUUUGAUUCCAUGGCAGCAGAAGUGCUAAAUUUUUUUACAGAAUUGAUUGGGAAACCAGACCCUAGAAUCAAAGAAAUUGACCAGAAUUUUCUGAAGGAAAUCCUGAAUUACUCAAUUCCUCAAGAUUUAGCCCCUUCUCUAGUCAAAGAAGUUACUCCUGAAGAAAUCAAUGAAGCAAUCCUUGGACAGGGAAAUGAAAAAUCACUUGGACCUGAUGGAUUCACUCCCUAUUUUUUUCAAACAUGCUUGGUCUAUUGUUGGAGAUGA